GAAAUUGCGUCACAGUUACAGUUGCGUUGAGAGUAAUUCGGAUUCAGUACAUUAUUUGUUUUGUAAACAUCUAAAAUUGGAAGUUCCAAGCUUCACAAAAAAAAAAUUAAGUCAAAUUAACUCGCAAUGACAACUGAUACUGAUGAUGGAAAAGAGAGUGACAACCAUCAAGCAACAACCACCAAUACAACAAAUCUGCCGCAAGAAAUCAUGGAUAUAUUGGAACAUCUCAGCUUGAAUUCGAAAAUAGUGUUUAAAUCACAACAAAGAGGAGAAAAGGAGCUGCUCCCAUCUGAAAAGGUUAAACUUGCUUUAGACAUCUAUCAAAGGAAUCCACAAACAUUUCUUAUGCGUUUCGGCAAUUAUAUGGAAGAAAACCACCUGAAUGAUUUUGCUCGGCUUUCCAUAGCUGACAGCGAUGAAGAAAUGUACGCACUGGUCAAAGAUUACCAACGUAAGAUAAAAACAAGACAACAGGAUAUCAAAAAUCGAAGAUACGUUGCAUUGCAAAAACUUAUUGAUGAAGGUGAAUUCUUCAGUGAACAGGAGAUGAUGAAAAGAGAACCGGAAUUGUAUCACGAACUUAUUGGUCAACAUUUGAGUGCUGAAGAAAAACAAAAGCGCGACAGUUACGAUGUAAGGAAUACAACAUUUUCCGGCAUUUUAAUGCAUAGCUUAGAACAAAAGGAAAUUUCUGAAAUUAUGGAAAAAGCUGAAAACCAAAUUGAAUGUCAUUCAGAUGAUUCACUCGAAAAAGAAGUCAAAGUGCAGGAUAAUGCAAAAAAAGAGGAUGAAGAAGUGCCAAUGAGUUACCGACAACAAUGGGGGAAUUUUGAUAAUGAACAACAAGCAUGCUCAUCGAGUAGAGUUGAAAAUAGGAGGGUAACAAAAGAUUCUAGGAAGAAAGUGGUUACAUCAGGACAGCUAAUAACGGCUGAUGAAAGAGAACUUUUACGCCAGGAGUUUAUUAGCCAAAUGCAUGAGCAAUUUCUAAGUGGAAAGGCUGACUUUGAUUACACGACUGUCGACGAUAAUACCGAAUUUGAUGAUCUAAAAAUUCUCAAUCAAGAUAGGGAAGAUAAGUAUUUUGAAGAAAGUGAUGACGAAGAUUAUCAAGUGCCAGAUCAAGUGAACCAAUAUGUCAAACCAAUGGACCAAAGUGGUGAAGAAUCCGAAGAUGAACUUGAAGUUUUUAUGGAUCAUCUAAAUAAACACCAUAGCUUACAAAAAUAAAAAAGAAAACUGUUCGAUGGUUGCUCGAGUAACUUGGCAUAUGAAGGUAAGUCCUUAAAUUAAAAUGAAUAUAAUCGGCAUCUCUAUUGUGUUAUAUUUUUUUUUUGUGUAAAUUACAUAUGAAAUAAAAGGUUUAUGUAGAAGAAUUGUCAAUGAUA